AGCCUCGUGUGAACGCAGGACUGUAUUUCUGACAGGGUUCAGCUGAGCUUCAGAACGAGGAUGUGUGCGCGCGAGCAGAAGUGCUGGCUGGGAGAUGUGAAGUGUAGAUUUGUUAAGCUGCUGUCGGUGAGGCUGAAGAACACGCAUGGACUAAACGGACAGAAUUAAACACUUCACAAUAUGAAGACGCGAACGCGUCAUGGGAUCAUAUUGAUUGGUGUUGUAAGCGUGCUUACAAGCUUAUUGUUCCUGUACAACAGCAGUUUUACUGACACACCAGAAGAUCAGCUGCAGUCAGAUGGACAUCAGGUGGACAUUCUACAACAGCAAACAUCCCACUUAGAAGGAUACAGCAGCAUCGCUGAUCAUAAGCCUCUUAGGAUGCAUUGCAAAAGCUGUGCCUUAGUGACUAGCUCUGGUCACAUGACCGGAAGUGGUCGAGGUGCGGAGAUUGACCGCAAGGAGUGCGUCAUCCGUAUGAAUGAUGCCCCAACACAAGGCUACCAGAGGGACGUGGGCCAGCGAACGAGUCUGCGUGUGGUCGCACACUCCAGCAUGCAACGUGUGCUACGAAACCGACACGAGCUACUCAACUCCAGCCAGAACACCUUCUUUAUCUUCUGGGGGCCCGGAAACUACAUGCGACAAGACGGUAAAGGCCUUGUCUACAACAACCUGCGUCUGCUGAAGCAGAUGAUGCCGAAACUACAGGUGUACGUCAUCUCGAGGUUAAAGAUGCUGCAUUUUGAUGAGCUCUUUAAGAAGGAAACAGGGAAAGAUAGAAAAAGGUCUAACUCAUGGCUCAGCACGGGUUGGUUCACCAUGGCAAUCGCUGUGGAGAUUUGUGACCGAAUCGACGUCUAUGGCAUGAUUCCGCCUGAGUUCUGCAAGUCGCCUAACCUCAAGCCAUCAGUGCCGUAUCACUACUACGAGCCUGCGGGGCCAGAUGAGUGUAAAAUGUAUCUCUCGCACGAGCAGGGCCGGCACGGCAGCCACCAUCGUUUCAUCACUGAGAAAUGUGUCUUUGCCAACUGGGCACGUAUGUUUAACAUACACUUCUAUCAACCAGACUGGGGACCGGCACCUGAUACAAAAAAUAGCACAGACUCCUGAGAUUCAAACACUUGGGUGUUACUCGGACUCGGUGUCCUUUUGAGGACAAAACUUCAACAUUUGAACUGGAACACAUUUUGAAUGAAAGUUUUCGAUGAUGUUCUUUGUGGAGGAUCGAAACAGCAAGGUCUAAUUUUGCUGAACAUUUUAAUUGCAAAAAGCUGUGCUGAACAAAAGUGUUCAAAGAUUAUGUUCAAUGUGACAAGAACAAACUGUUUAUUAUUCACAUUACUUAUUAAUUGUAACAGUAUGAUUCUCAUUGGUUCGUAAUUCAGAAAACUGGGUUCCUGUAAUAAUUAUAUCACAUUUUCUGUUUCCAGAAAUUACUAGUCUAAUAUCUAGGCCAUGUUGUUCUCCGUGUGUAAUAUCAUUUAAAUUAUACAUAUAGCCUCAAUAAUUUGUGCCACGUGGAGAGUGUCAAGCACAUAAUAUUACAAAUUUCUUCUCUCAGUGGCAUCCAAAGAGAACCAUUUACAAAUUGUGCUUUUUCCAAAUGCCACUUUUAUCAUAGGGCUCAUUAGAUUUAUCAGAUUUUGUUUUUGUUCAUGUAAAAAAUAUAUUUCUCUCUUAAUAUAAAGGUGUAAAUAUAAUCUUUACUCUAAAUCAGAGAUUCCCAGAACGAGAAUAUUUUUUCCCCCUUUUAACUAACUUUUUUAUUGUCCUUGUCAUAUUACUACACAUAUUUAAUGUUUUAAGCUGUCUUGACACAUUGACAUUAACUAGCUUUAGUGAGUCAUAUGUUAAAUCACACACACACACACACACACACACACACACACACACACACACACACACACACACAGGUUAAUAACCUAUCCAUAAAAAGUGUAAUUUUCAAAUGGUCAUAACUCAAGAACUGUAUACGUCACAAAGUGAUUCCUGAUAAGAAAUAAAGCAUUUAUAUUGACGGUCGGAUCCCAAUACACACAUUUGGACUUUUUAAACAUUAAUGCACCCUGGCUGGCACAAAUGCUGAAAAACAUUCCCACAUAUUACCAAACCGACGACUCUGGCCAUGACAGCCUGACCUUUAGAGUGAGGGACAAAUGUCUUUGUUUUUGUUUUUUUUUGCAAUUCCACGCUGCUCUUCCUUCAAUUCCCAUUACAAAGGUUGUGUGAGAGCAUAUCGACUUGCUGCCUGCAACGCUGUUCAUUUUACCUUUACAGCUGGAGGUUGGGGCAAAUGUGGAAUGCUAAUGGUGUGACACUCUGUGUUCUUGCUCAGGCUUAUAGGAGCUGCUCUGCUCUGUCUAAUGGGAUAUCAUGCUAUGAGUUCUGCUUAUUCGCAGUGACCGGAGAAUGUGCCUAGCACAACAACGACUGUCCCUCAGGAAGUCGAGGGAAAUUGGAGGGCUUUAAAGGACGCUGGAGUCUGUAAAUGAGGCUGACCUUUGAUUCAGCUCUGCUGGCUGCUACUGUAAUCAGUCACCCGAGGCAACACCGUGAUUACGGAUGACCUUGGAUCAGGCAGGAGGCCUGGAUAAAAUAAACGUUUUAAGUUAUGACAAUGUUGAGCAAUAAAUCGCACGAGGAGAUCAGAUGGAUGCUGGAUGAUUAUGGAAUAAAACAUGGUCCUGUGGUCGAUUCCACCAGAGCCCUUUACGAAAAGAAGCUGAGGGAAGCCAUGACUAAACACAGAAGAACUAAAGCUCCGUCCGACAGGACAUUUUACAGGGAGGAGGAGGAUGUCACCUAUGUUCAGCAUCGCACACCUCAACGAUAUGAUGAUGUGAUCGACAGAACAUGGACUGAUUAUAGAGGGAUGGACUACAUAUAUGAUCCUGCCAUAUAUAGGACUCAAGCUCCUUAUCAAAAUAUGUCACAAGCAAGAAACUUGCCACCAGAAUCUCAACUCCAGAAAACACCAGAGAAAAGUUCAUCACGCUUAGUCCCAGUCUGGCUACGGUUUUUAGUGUUUCUUAUCAUAUCAGGUCUUUUGUACUUGGUUUUUAUAAAUCUGGAAUCAGCAGAGCCUGUCAAAAGACUGAUGUAGCUCUUUCUUUAGUGAUUAAACUGAAUGCUACAUUUCUAAAACAAGCAAAUAUUCAGCACAAUAGAUGUGAUUUUGAACAUACUGUAGUGUUUUAACUCAUUUAAUGUUGGUUACUUUGUGGGUUUGUUAUAUCAAAGUAAGCCUGACAUUGUAUGAAAAUGUCAGAAAAUGGGUGCUUCAGGAUGUACCUGAUGAAAAGACUACUUUUAUGAUGUUUUAUUUUGUUCCUUGGUCAAGAUAUAAUAAUUGUCCAUUGUAAUGCUGCAAUACAUUUUACAGUACUGUAUUGUUAGUCAUUUCUUGGGCUCAUAACAGUUUGGUAUAUCACAACUUUUAAUGCUUUUUUGUAUGCAUUACACAAAAAUUUUGUUAAGGAUAAAGUCACUGAAUUUAGUGUUAGUUAUUUUACAAGAAGCUGAUUUUCCAUUGCAAUAUGUCUGAAGUAUAUAUAUAUUUUAUUUGGGUCAUACUCUGAAUUAUAUGUAUUUGAAU